AUGGCGAUGGCGUCUUCAUCUAGCCAGUCCAUAGUGAGUCUUAAAACAGAGGCGUUACUGUAUCAACACGCCGCCGAGCUGAUUGGGAUCCUGUACGCCAUCAACAUCGUCAACAAAAGUCGCACUCCGACACUGAAAAAUAUCCCAUACGCAGGUGAGAUCUGCCACUAUCCUCAGUGA